CUGGUGCCUGCGUGCGCGGAUGUGCCCGUGUCCCCCGGGGAGAGGAGCGCGCGUGUCCCACCCUCCUGCCCCGUGGUGAGCCCGGCUGAUGCCCCCGCCCAACAUGCUGAGCACGGUGCCCGGUAUAAUAUUCUUGGAAGUACUUGAUAGUGUCUGUCACCUGUAUCAGAGCACCACAGUUCAAGUUUAGCCCUUUCUACACACAGUGCUCAGAACAUGGGGGAAAACGAUGAUGAAAAGCACAGCCAAGGUGGCCAGAUAUUUGAAAACUUUGUACAAGCAUCAACAUGCAAAGGUACCAUUCAGGCCUUUAAUAUCCUCACCCGUCAACUUGAACUGGAUCCAUUGGACUACAGAAAUUUCUAUCCAAAAUUGAAGUCAAAAGUAACGAGCUGGAAGGCCAAAGCUUUGUGGAACAAGCUUGAUAAAAGAGUAAGUCAUAAAGAAUAUAAGCGAGGAAGAUCUUGUACGAACACUAAGUGUUUGAUUGUUGGAGGUGGUCCAUGUGGUUUGCGGACUGCCAUAGAACUUGCCUUUCUGGGAGCCAAGGUUGUAGUUGUGGAGAAGCGGGACACUUUCUCAAGAAACAAUGUGCUGCAUCUCUGGCCUUUUACAAUCCAUGACCUCCGGGGUUUGGGAGCGAAAAAAUUUUAUGGAAAAUUCUGUGGAGGAUCUAUUGACCAUAUCAGUAUUCGACAACUUCAGCUUAUUCUCUUCAAAGUUGCACUUAUGCUGGGAAUUGAAAUCCACGUGAACGUAGAGUUUGUGAAAGUUCUGGAACCUCCUGAAGAUCAAGAAAACCAAAAGAUAGGUUGGCGGGCUGAAUUUCUCCCAAUGGAUCACCCUCUGUCAGCCUUUGAAUUUGAUGUUGUUAUUGGUGCAGAUGGUCGCAGGAACACUUUAGAAGGUUUUAGAAGGAAGGAGUUUCGUGGAAAGCUGGCUAUAGCUAUCACAGCCAACUUUAUCAACAGAAACACAACCGCAGAAGCCAAGGUAGAGGAAAUUAGUGGUGUCGCUUUCAUCUUCAAUCAAAAAUUCUUCCAGGACCUUAAAGAGGAAACGGGAAUUGACUUGGAGAAUAUUGUUUACUACAAAGAUAGCACUCACUAUUUUGUAAUGACAGCAAAAAAGCAGAGUCUUCUGGACAAAGGAGUGAUUAUCAAUGACUAUAUUGAUACCGAGAUGCUUCUCUGUGGGGAAAACGUAAACCAGGACAAUCUGCUGUCUUAUGCAAGGGAAGCCGCAGACUUUGCAACCAAUUACCAGCUGCCUUCCUUGGAUUUUGCGAUUAAUCACUAUGGGCAGCCAGACGUGGCUAUGUUUGAUUUUACUUCCAUGUAUGCCUCUGAAAAUGCUGCACUAGUAAGAGAAAGGCACAGACAUCAGCUCUUAGUUGCCCUUGUUGGAGAUAGUUUACUUGAGCCCUUCUGGCCGAUGGGUACCGGCUGUGCAAGAGGCUUCCUAGCUGCUUUUGAUACAGCGUGGAUGGUGAAGAGCUGGGAUCAAGGAAAACCCCCACUAGAGAUCCUUGCUGAACGAGAGAGCAUUUAUCGACUAUUGCCCCAGACUACACCCGAAAAUAUCAACAAGAACUUUGACCAGUAUACCAUUGACCCAGGAACGCGCUAUCCCAACUUGAACUCCAGCUGUGUUCGACCUCAUCAGGUUAGACAUUUGUAUGUUACAAAUGAGCUACAACAAUGCCCUCUUGAACGGGUCAGCUCUAUUAGAAGAUCAGUGAAUGUCUCAAGGCAUGAAUCUGAUAUUCGACCUAAUAAGCUUCUAACCUGGUGUCAGAAACAGACAGAAGGCUACAGUAACGUUAAUGUCACUGAUCUCACUACUUCUUGGAGGAGUGGCCUUGCGCUGUGUGCAAUUAUGCACCGCUUCAGACCUGACCUCAUUGACUUUGACUCUUUGAAUGAAGAAGAUGUUGUUGAAAAUAACCAGCUGGUGUUUGACAUCGCUGAACGAGAGUUUGGAAUUCCUCCAGUAACCACUGGGAAAGAGAUGGCGUCUGCUGGAGGGCCUGAUAAACUCAGCAUGGUCAUGUACCUCUCAAAAUUCUAUGAGCUAUUUAGAGGAACCCCUCUGAGAGCAGUUGAUGCUGUGGAUAAGCAAAAUGGAGAAAAUAAUGACCUUUGCUCAGCAAAAUCAUCAAACUUCAUAUUUAAUAACUACAUCAAUUUAACGUUACCAAGGAAGCGAGUACCAAAAGUUGAAAGGAGUGAAGAAAAUGAUAUGAACAAAAGGCGUCGAAAGGGCCUCGGUGGCUUUGAAGAGGCUUCACGUUUUUCUAGUCGGGGUAUGAAUUCUGGUAAAGAUCAGGGCGACAGAGAAGGAAUGAAUCAAAAUAAAGUAAAGUCAAUGGCGACGCAGCUGUUGGCAAAGUUUGAAGAAAAUGCCCCAAACACAUCUCUCCGGAGACAGUUUCAGGCAGUAGCUAGUACUGAACAUGUGGUCAGAGAACCAAAGCAAUCUUUGCAUGGUUCUGAUCGUGUGGCCAGGGGAUCAAGAAUUAUAGAAAAAACAGACAUGCAGUCCAGGCUUUCAGAAACUCUUGCAUCUACCUGUCCUGCUGCAUUUGUGAUUUCUGGAGUGCUUAAACGCCUUCAGCACGUGGAGGAAAAAAUUAAUCAGAAGAAAGCUCAGUCCGUAGCAAGUAGGGAAUUUCAUAAAAAGAACGUUAAAGAGAAAGCAGCUCAUCUUGCCUCAAUGUUUGGAUACGUGGACUUACCAAAGAAUAAGCUACCUAUUAAAGGCCUAUCCUAUUAUCGGCCCCCAACUCCCUCUUGCCUUCCAGCCCAUGAUUCAGCUAUUACUUCAUCUUCAUCAUCUAUUCACUCAGCUUCCCCUGCUGUUCAAUCUAGCAAGAUGACUGUAGGAAAGGUGUCGCGUGGAAUAGGGGUUGUGGCUGAAGUCCUUGUCAAUCUCUAUGUGAAUGACCACAGGCCCAAGCCACAGUUUUCCUCCCCAGAGCUGAACCAGUCAUUGGACACAGCUACGUCUUUCCCCACUUCCUAUUCCACUUCUCCCACUUGUGCUUCUGUUGUUCAGGGUUGUCAGGGAUCUCUGCGAAAAGAAUUUCCUCAGACUAUAGGUGGCAGUGACAUCUGUUAUUUCUGCAAGAAACGGGUAUAUGUCAUGGAGCGCCUGAGUGCAGAGGGCCACUUCUUUCAUAGGGAAUGCUUUAAGUGUGAUGUAUGUUCUACAACGCUCCGCCUAGGAAUCUAUGCUUUUGAUGUAGAAGAAGGUAAAUUUUACUGCAAACCUCAUUUUAUACACUGUAAAACAAGCAAUAAGCACAGGAAGAGACGAUCUACAUUAAAAACGCAAGAGAAAGUGGAAACAGAAAUGUGGACACAAGAGGAAGCCAAGCACCCAGAAACCACCACAGAAAGUAUUACUUCUACUGUUAGCAGUCCAGAGGACAGGCCCCCAGGUAUCAUGACUUCCUUCUUUAGGAAAACUCUAAGCUGGCCCCUUAGGGUGACGAGGGAUCUGCUUGACAUUCCAAGACGCCUGUCUAACUGGAUGCAUGGUUUUCUGCACGCUACCAAUCUUCAUUUGAGGGACAAUGCAUACAACUAUACCUAUUUGUAUGAACUCUUGAGCCUUGGUGUGCCAUUCCUGUGUGCGCUGCUAGAGGUACUUACUCAUAUGUACCGGGAAGCAGAGCUAUCACUUGAAAACAUGCUUGAAUGGGUGAAAAAGUUCUUUAGGGUUUAAAUUCUUAAGUGUCUUGCUAAUUUGUGCCUUUCAGAUUUCCAAAAUUAACAGCCUUGCAAUAUGUUUAUAAACAUUUCAAUUUAAUACGUGCUUUAAGUGAACAAAGAGCUCACUUCGAUAGACUAAGUGCAAUCAAAAUACACUAUAAAUUUAAAACAUGUACUGUACAAGAAAGGCAUCAUGAAGUUCAGUGUCCAGAUGCAUUUCCAGAACAUGGGGACUAAAUGAAGGAUAUUUUAUAAACAUUUCUGCAGGGGUGGGUUUCUGGCUGUGAACAACCGUGUUUCUGGGUUUACAUUUUAUAAUGCUUUUUUUAAAGACCAAGAAAGACCAUGUUCUUUCAGACAUUUCAGGGUAGUAGUGACAAGUGACUGGGUUUUGAAACCUGAAUAUGGCACAUCCCUUUUCUCUUGCUUUGAUCUUUUGCUCUGGGUACAAGGUUUACUACUUGCAUGGAGAUGUUUUGAAGAGGGGAAAAAAGAAAAGCUUUUUACUGUACCUAAUGCACCUACUUCUAGCCAUGCCUUUUAAAAUUUAUUACUCAUGGUAUCCUUUGUUAAUACUAGGUAUUUUCUGUAAUACUAGUUUAAUUAAACCUGAAAUAAAUUUGAAGUGCAAAUCUUAGAUGAGUGGACGAUUAAUUGAAAUGGUCAGAUCUAAGAAACAUAGUGUAGAUAGCUGCUAUUUAUUCCCAGAAUUAAGAGUUUUUUCUCAUUUGGGGGCUGAUCCAAAGGGGAGUUGAAUACCCAUAGCUCUAGCUGAAGUCAGUUGGAAUUGUAGGUGCUGAAAAUGACUUUGGAUCGAGCCCUUAGCUUGCAAUAUAUUGCACUCAGAUUUCUAAAAAGCCAUAUUUGGGUAAAAUAGAAGUACUUACAAAUAAUGUGGGUUUUUUUUUAAACUGAUGAUUUUCUGUUAGAUGUUUUAUUUAAAUAUAAGAUGCUAAUGGGAGAAAAUCAAAAUAGUUAUAAAGUUGCAUCAUCUCUGAAGAGAGGUUUUUGUGGUGGAUCUCGGUAUGAGAUACCUUAACCUAAAAGCUUCUCUAGAAUGUAUAGCGCUGCCUGAUGACAAUUAGUCAUGAACAAUUCCCCAGACUCUUAACUAUUGUCUAGACUCCUUUUAGCUAAUUAAGAUGCUUAAAGCUGUAUUUGAUGGAGAAACACAUGGACAGAUCUCCAAAAAAUUAAAAGCAUCUGUAGCCUUUUUUCUAAUAAAAAGGUAUUAAUUUAAGCCACAGAAAACAUGUUGCCAGCAGUUGGUAGAAAACAAACAGGAGGGGCCAUUAAACAAUGACCAUAGGUAGGUUGAUUUUAAUAUCAAUAUUGCAAAAGACCAAAUGGAAGCUUCCAUGUUUGUUUGGCAGUAAAAAGAAUGUCUUUUUUUUUAAAAAAACAAAAAACAAAACUAGCCUGGUGGUUUAAUAGAAACAGAUUUUUCUCCAGAUAAUUUUAUCUUUAUUUUAAAAAGUACAGAAAAUGAAACCAUGUACAAUUUUCAAUGAGAAGGCAUUUCAGAAUUUUUUCAGGGGGAUGAGGAAGCUAUUUGCAAAGGCUUAUACAAAGAACUUGUAUGGUUUUCAAGUACAGCAUGCCAUUUGCAGCAACUUGCCACUAAUGCUCAAACGUACUCCAGUGAGAAUUUGCUAGUCUUUUGACAGGAGACAGUGACCGUAACAGUAAUAUGGUAAGCAGCUAUAGAGAUGUAGAAAAAUGUUUUUGUACUGCUUGAGUAUUUUGAAUACUGGACUCCUCUUUAGUAAAAAUUUAAUUAAAAAAAAAAAAGAAAAAGCCCAUAAUGUUGUUUACCAUGUUACUCCAGCAAUCCUAAAGAAUGUUAAACACAUUUUCUGAUUUUAUUUAACAUGUUUUGAUUCAGAGUGUUGGACCUUCGGACACUAAAACAGUCCAAUGGAAUACUUUUCCCCUAAGAUUUCUCCACCAAUGUUUGUCACUUGUUCUGAAUUUUAGCAGCCUGGGUAUAAUGGUAGUCUACGUGAAUAACUGUAUAGUAAGAAGCUUGAAAACCUGUGAUGUACCAUGAAUUUUACGAAAGUGAACCUUAUUAGUAGAAAGUGAAACACAGAAGUUAAGUGUAGGUUUUAUAUAGAUUAAUUAAAAAAACACAUUCAGGGCAUAUUCAUGAUUAUAAAGUUCAUAAUCAUAAAAAUAUGAAAUUGUAUAUUUAAUGGCAUUUCAGAAUCAUUAGUAUCGCUGAAAAUGUCACACUGGUAUCUAUAUAAUUAAUCCAUGCAUGUUUUAUCCUUAGCCUUAAAAUUCUACCAGUAAGGUUCAUAACUGUUCAUCUUUAUAAAUUAAUGAAGAAAGCCAUUACUCAUAAAUUAAUAAGGGAGUUUAAUUUUGGUUGAUUUUUCUACUUUUUUUAUUUUUGCCUAGUAAUCUGUGAAUAACACCUAUAGCCAAACUAAGGGUCUUCUUUCUUUCUUCCUUUCUUUCUUUUCUUUUCUUUUUUCCGAAAUCCUGUGUUGCUUUUAGUUCAUUUCAACAUUCCAGUUCUACGUCCACUCAUUGGCUGAAACAUUUCUGUUGUAAGGUGAUUGUUCUGCUUGCCAGUUUCAGAAUAUUGUAACUAACCUCUAAUAUUGUUUGACAACAUUUUGGAGCAAAUUAUGUGUGUCUGGUAUAUUAAUGGAUGAAAGCUUUAGCAUGAUUAUUUUUUUUAACCAACUGCACAGCGCACAAUGCAAGAAAAGAUCAUUUCUUAUGUUUCUAUAAAGAACAUUUCUUUCUUUCUUCCCCUGCAUGUACAUCUUUUUCUCAUGUUUUUAAAUGUUAGGCAACUCCAUUGUUUCUCAAAUACUAGUUAAAUAAAACCCUCCUUCUUUCAAAGUAUUAUAUCUUAACUAAUUCAGAACCAGAGCAUGAAGAAUCUUACAGAUCUUCUGUGUCUUGUUUAAGUGGGGAUAGUACUGCUUACCAGUUUCAUAAAGCACUUUUUAGCUAUCUGGAUGAAACGCUGCUGUAUAAAUGUGAACCAUUUUUCCUCAAUAUUCAGGGAGGAAAAAAAAGUUGAAGUUUCUGAUAAAACAAAAAUCCAUAUUCAGAGCAAUAAAAAUUCCUAUACGAGAGGGAAGGAAAAAAACCCCAAAGUUCCAUAGGCAGUUUAAUAAAAAUGGAGGUGCUCUUUUAUGUUUAAGGCAAUUUGAUCUCUAAUAAACAAUCAGAGUUCUGUAAUUAGAAUGUUUGAUUCCAAUUGUUUUCACUAAUAACAAUUUUAACUAUGCCCCAUUAGCAACUUUGGGGGUUGUUUUAUUAACUGAUAAUAGAUUUGUCUUGGUGCAUGAGAAUUUACUUUUAUUUCCUAUGAAGGGCUUGUGGGAUUUUUUUUAAAUGCUAAGUAUAUUUGAAUAAAAUGAUAAUCUAAAAAGAGAGAUUACUACAGAUGAGAACCUAUGUGCCAAUCCUGCAAAUGGAUCCAUUAACAUGGAACCCUGCAUUCUUAUAUCUUCUAAUUGAAAUCACUGGGACAGUGGUCCAUGUUAUGAAUCCAGUUGCACAUGCAGGAUCUUAGGGAAUUAAUCUGAAACUCUUUGAACAAAACAUUAUGGAGUUUGUAAACAUCCCCUGGUGAAGGAUUCAUCCUGUAUGUCUAACUGUAGAAUGAAGGAGGACUAUAGGAUCAGGUGUGCAAACUCAUUAUCUUGCUGACCUGUGUGUGUAUAGUGCUAAAAUAAUUGAGCGUGCUGAUAUUGUUAAACUCUUUAGGAGAAUUAAAAAUAUUUUUAAAAUUAAAAACAACCCGCCCCCCCCCCAGCUAGCUGCAUGGCUUUGACCCAUCACUUCCUGCACCACAAGGCUAGAACACAAGUAUGGAUUUUUAUAAUUUCAGGGUGUGUGGGGGGGUUGUUUGUUUUUUGUUUUGUUUUGUUUUGUUUUUUUUUAAACUAUGCAUGCUUCAUUAAAGUAAGGUUUAUGAAGGACUGGUCUCUCUUUUCAAAUCACUUGCCAUUGCCAUGUUUCUUUACCUUCUGUUGCAGAGUCUUCAUUUCUUUAAAGAAUGCCAUCAAGGAUUCUGUCCCUCUCCUCCUAAAUCUUUGGCUUUCUUUUUGCUUCAUGAUCUUGCAAAUUUUUUAUUAAAUAGUUAUUUAAAAAUUCUGUAUUUAAAUUGUCACAUGGAAAUUCUGUAUUUUGCACACUGUGAGAGUUGUUUAGCUUUAUUUAUGGCAUUUGCUGUAAACAAAAAUAAAUGUUGGUUUUUAAAGCUCA